AUGCCUUUUACAUACAAUGAGAUCAUGAGGCGCUCAAGAGGCACAUGCCUCCGAGUGAAGUUUCUGGAAUUAAAAGGUCGAACAGUUGGUAAAGCUAAGGCAAAAGGCGAGUACCAGUCGCCUACUAGUAUCAAGAACGAGGCUAUCUGGAAAUGGGGUCCCCGUGUCCCUCAGUGGCACGACGAUCUCAAAAGAGAACAAGGCUGA